UGUGAUGAUUGUUCGACUUAUCUCUGUCCCAAUUGUCAGAAUUGUCAAGUUGACGCAUAAGUUAGAAGUGUUUGUCUUUUGUAACUUUUUUAUAUAUGUAAUAAAUGCGUUACUAACAAAUAUAGUCAAAAUUAGACAAUAACGUAGUAAAAAUGGUUAAAAUCUAUGCUUUAAGCAUUCUAUACAAAGAGCCGAACGCAGCUAAACAUCUCAAAUCAGCUUUCGAGUUACAAUGUUUCGGAUACUUUCAACGGGGUUCCAUACAAGAAUUUAUGGCGUUUUUUAGUAAAACGAUUGUUGAAAGAACGCAAAUCGCAUCACGCCAAUCGGUUAAAGAAAGCGAGUAUAUGUGUCACGUUUAUGUGCGUGGUGAUAGUUUAGCUGGAGUAGUGAUUUGCGACCAAGAAUACAAUUCCAGAGUGGCCCAUACACUUAUAACGAAAGUUUUGGAUGAGUUUACGCAAAAAUAUCCAUCAACAACUUGGAAUUCUUUAACGGAGCGUGAUACAAACUUUCCUGAAUUAAACGUUUCAUUAGCUAAAUAUCAAAAUCCGAGAGAAGCGGACGCUAUUACUAAAAUACAAGAGGAUUUAGAUGAAACUAAAAUUAUUUUGCAUAAUACUAUUGGUGCUGUUCUUGAACGUGGAGAAAAAUUGGACGAUUUAAUACAAAAAUCUGAAGGUUUAAGUACACAGUCGAAAGCUUUUUAUAAAACUGCAAAAAAAGCAAAUAGUUGUUGUAGUUUUACUUAAAAAAAUGAAUUAUUUAAAAAGGUAUAAGGCAAACAAAUAUUGUAGUAAAUGUUCAAUACUGUGAAAUGUUAUAUAAUAUGAAUACCUAAGCUCUUUUUAUAUGUGUCUAUUUAUUGUAUGCAUAUAUCCACGAUAUAUUACAAAAAAAAAGUAAUAAACUUUAUUUCUAUUGUUUAAUAAUUA